AUGCCGGCGUACAUCAAUCCCGCAACUCUACCAAUAUCACUGCCGCAACCAAAUGCACCCUCUGAGGUAAACGAUCGUGGUUAUCAUCCACUCCGCAAAUGUGCCUUAAAUGCCUGCGGUGGGAGGUUUCGACUUUGGCCGCAUCAGUGCAUGCCAGAUGCGAGUCGUCGUCAAUGCGGAGCUGCUUGCACGACUGAAAUCAAUAGCGAAAAAUGCUUGAAGAUUUUUAAAGAUCCCAGGGAGUUCAGGAGACACUUUAACUCCGUUCACAUCGGCAAGACGAACCGGACGAAAUUCAACUGCACCGAGCCAGACUGUAAGCGUGUCGGAGAUAACGGAUUCGCACGCAAGGACAAUCUCACCCAACAUUUGCGGAACUCCCAUGGCGUUGAGAUCCCAAAACAACAGGUCCGAAUGAACGGUAGGAAUCAGGAUGGAACCCCCGUCGUCCAAACUACUCGGAUCGAGGAAGUCGAAGGCAUGGACGAAGAAUAG